AAUGUUUUCUUUUAGGAAAACGCUUUUUCCAAGUGCUUGGUCAAUAAUGUGCCAUGGAAUUUGGCAGAAUCAACAACCUGCAACAUACAAAGUACAGAUUCUAACACAAUACAUUUAAGGAGGACAAGGGGUCGAUUUUUUACAUUUGUAUUCAAGAAAGACAUAAACAGUCGUGUAUCUAAGUUAUCCAUAUCAAGCAUAGAAGCACACAACGGCGAACCAUGCUUUGAAAGUAUUUAUAUAGACGAUCAACAAGUGCCAGGUAGUCAGAUAACUGUUUCCUCUGCCCAACGUAACCAAACGUCAGACACCGAACACUUGAUUCAUGCCUUUAAAGACUUGACCCCUUGGAUUUUGGUGGAUCUGAUUUCUAUGACAACAAUAGAAGGGGUUGGUAUUCAUGUUUCCAAAGACUGUGACACAUGGACCACUUUCAGUUUAUAUUUUGGCAUUAGUAAGGAUCAACUACAGAAAUACAAUGACCUGGAAUUUAGAAUUUAUCCCGCGAUGAACUGGUGGAACAUAAAUCAGACGUUCAUUUUUCCUAGAUUCAUCAGGACAAGAUAUUUGAAAUUUAAUGCUUCAUUUGAAAAUCCAGCAACCAGAUCUAGAUGUCUUAUUUUUACAUUGUACGGCUGUAAACUUACACGUAUCGUUGACAUAAACAGCGACAGUUUAUCUGAAAUGAUGCCAAUUAAACAAGAAUUGCGAUCUGGAAACUCAUCGGUUUUUGAAAAUACAGGUGUUGAGGAAUGUAAAAAUCUGUGUAGUUUAAAUAGAAGUUGUAGCGUUGCCAGUAUCAGUAAAGAGAAACUCUGUUAUCACUACAUGGGUAAUGAACUUGGAAUUUGGAAAAGUUCUCAGAUUGCCGAAGGUAGCCAGUGGUUUGCAAAACUAAAAACAAAUGAAUAUAUGGUUCCGUUUCCGAGCUUUCGAGGGUCAUAUAACACGUUUUUUGGAAACGUACAGUACUUAGAUGGAGACUCCAUUUUGACGUCACCAAGUUUUCCCCUAAGGACGAAUUUGGACUAUGACAUUAUAUGGGUUGUGGGUUUUGACCUCCGGCGGUUCGCCAAACUUGUUUUCACUAAUAUAUCACUACCUAAGGAUUGCAACUUGACAGUAUCGGAAAACAUCAACAGAUUUUCUGGAUUUGACAUUGACAGGAGUUUUAACAAUGAAGUCUUCGUAUUAGAAACAAACAAAACUCUGGUGUCUUUAACGGCAAGCUGCCUUCAUAUAUGGUUAACGUUGAAAUUCCGAGCGAUUGUAACUGCCGAAGGUAGAUUCUUUUGA